ACCCAGACACGCACGCAGACCGCCUUCCCCCUCCUCCUCUCCGCUUCCAGACUCUUCCCCUCGCCGCCGGCCGCCGCCCCGUCCGCCCCGCCGCGCCGCCAUGUCGGUGACGCUGCACACGAACCUGGGGGACAUCAAGGUGGAGGUUUUCUGCGACCAGGUGCCGCGGACGGCGGAGAACUUCCUGGCCCUGUGCGCCAGCGGCUACUACGACGGGACGGUGUUCCACCGCAACAUCAAGGGGUUCAUGGUGCAGGGCGGCGACCCGACGGGGACGGGCAAGGGCGGGGCGUCCAUCUGGGGCGGCAAGUUCGCGGACGAGUUCCGGGAGGCGCUCAAGCACGGGGCGAGGGGCACCCUGUCCAUGGCCAACUCGGGGCCCAACACCAACGGCAGCCAGUUCUUCAUCACCUACGCCAAGCAGCCCCACCUCAACGGCCACUACACCGUGUUCGCCAAGGUCAUCCACGGCUUCGACGUGCUCGACCUCAUGGAGAAGACCCCCACCGGCCCCGCCGACCGCCCCCUCGCCGAGAUCCGCCUCAACCGCGUCACUGUCCACGCCAACCCGCUCGCCGGAUAACUUCUCUUGCAUCCUCCAUCUCGUUCAUGCCUUGUUUCCUGAUCUUCUGCUUGCACGUGUAAUUUGCGAUGUUUGAAGCGAGGGAAUGGAUGCGAGAAUUGCUGUCAUCAGUAGUGAAAUUUACAUGUUUCAGCUGUGAGAGAGUUUGUCACCUGAAUUUUAGUUGCCUGAAUUCAGCGAUGUUUGUUACCCAUCAGUGCUGGGUGGUUAUAUUGACUGAUUAUACAAGUGUUUGGUUAAA